GUUAGUGAAGGGGUCGUCCUUGACACGCGCAAUUCUCCAAUUAGAGGAGAGAGGAACACGUGAAUUGGCUUCCCUACUUAGAGCCACGCAACAACACGCUGUUCGUGUCUUCAUCGCAAAAAAAACAAAACAAAAAAAAAGACAACACUGUCUGUGUGUAAAACAAUCUGUGUAUGAAAAAAAAAAGAGAAUAUGCACGCGCUGGUGACCGCCUUCAUGCGCUGCCUCUCCUUCCUCUUGCCUCCCUCUUGGCUUUGUGUCAGCUCUUGCUUGUGCUUGUGGGCUGGUGGGAGUGAGCGCGCUGAGGAGACGCUGCUGCGGCCCAAUCCCAGAGCUCGUUUCAAAAGCAGAAAAAAGCCUCUUACAUAUGAGGAAGUAGCAGCAGCAGCAGCAGCACUAGCAGCAGCAGCAGCAGUAGAGGAAGAAGCAGUAGAAGAAGCCCAAGGAGGCUCCACCAGGUCGGUCACACCAGGCUGCGUCUCGCUGGCUGCUGCUACGAGCCCCGCUGGUCGGAUCUGGAUCGGGGGUUUCUGGCGAGCCGUGGAGCGCGUCUUCGGAGCCCCUUGGGUCCUUCUCAAACACCGCUGGUGCCCGGAUAAGAAGCAGCGUCGAGCAGCUUUACGCACCACCGAGAUUCGAGGCUGCAGCCGUGGAGGAGGCGCUGCUGCUGCUGCCGCUGCUGCUGCUACAACAACCGGUGGUGGUGGACUUGGAUGCACCUUGACUGGCUCCAGGAGGACCGACAUGAUGAUGAGCGGGUCCGUGUCCGCUGGGAGCCCCGAGCUGAACCCGGCGGAGUGCGUCUUCGAUGCGUCAGCGGAGGAGCAGCGCGGCGGCAUCGAUGAGGUAAUCACCGUGGAUCAGCACACGGUGACGAUCACAGUGGCCAUUCAAGCGGCAGAGGAGGACGAGGAGCCAGAGUUGCUGUCAUCCAAUCAUAUCGACUUCCUCGGAGGCAGCUGCAGCGAGGACGAACUGGGAAGACAUGACAAAUCAAGCGGUGCCGGGACCAGUGGAGGGGAGCUGGAGGAGGAGAGCUGGCAACCGCCAGAUUCCGAGCUCAUCCAGAAGUUGGUCGCUCAGAUCGAGUACUACCUGUCCGAUGAGAACCUGGAGCACGACGCCUUCCUGCUUAAACAUGUCAGACGCAACAAAAUGGGGUUCGUCAGCGUCAAGUUGCUCACUUCGUUCAAAAAGGUGAAACACUUGACUCGUGACUGGAGGACAACUGCUUAUGCUCUGAGACACUCAAAGAUCCUUGAGCUGAACGAUGAGGGGCGUAAGGUCCGGCGUAAAUCCGCAGUGCCGGUCUUUGCCAGCGAGUCGUUGCCCAGCCGCAUGCUGCUGCUAAGUGAUCUGCAGAGUUGGCCAGAGCUGGCAGCUCUCACUAAGGAUAAUGGAGGCAGCGAGGGAGGCGCCACCCAGCAGGAGCAGCUGAUGAAGCUGUUGCUGAAAGAGUUCGGAACGUACGGCGCCAUCGCCUCGGUCAGGGUCCUGAAGCCCGGGAAGGACCUGCCGGCCGACCUGAAGAGGCUGAGCGGCCGCUACACUCAGCUGGGCACCGAGGAGUGUGCCAUUGUGGAGUUCGAGGAGGUGGAGGCUGCCGUCAAAGCCAAUGAAGCCGUGGGGAGCGAGGACGGAGGGGCCGGUUCGCUGGGGUUGAAAGUGGUCCUGAUUGGCACCAAGCCGCCCAAGAAGAAGGUGCCCAAAGAAGGAAGGGGGAAGGAAGGAGGGAUGCGCAAAAGCCGCUCGCUCAACAGCAGAGUGCGAGAGCUCCAGUACCACGGGGACGACUCGGCCUGCAGCUCCUCGGAGACCGAGAGCAACCCCACGUCCCCGAGGCUUGCCAGAAAGUCCCAGUCCUGCAACAAGCUCAGCCCCACCACUGCGGGCAUCAACUUCCAGAACAAUCACCUUAGUCCUGGCAUCUCCCCGCGGAACAGUCCCUGGUCCAGCCCCCGCGCCAGCCCCUGUUCUCAGCGCAAAUCUCCUCAUUCCAACAAGUCUCCCUUAGCCAGCGAGGGCAGACUGAGCCCCGAGGCGGGGCGCCGCUGGGCAGACUACUCCUCGGACAGUAGCCUCACCCCUUCGGGGAGCCCGUGGGUCCAGCGGCGCAAGCAGGUUGCGUCUCAGGAGAGCAGCCCGGUGGGCAGCCCGAUGAUGGGAAGAAAGAUCCAGAACGCCGACGGCCUGCCGCCCGGCGUGAUGAGGCUGCCGAGGGGUCCCGACGGAACCCGCGGCUUUCACUGUGUCUCUGUCGCCGAGAGGGGAAAGACUGCUGCCACUCAGACUUGAUAUGUGGAGCAUCCUCAUGCAUCCCCCCCCAGAAAUGAAAUGGUAUAUUGGAGCUGUUCUUGGCCGCGUCGCUCAGUCCCCACCCCCCACAUUUGAGACUGUGUAGAUAUAUUUUUGUUGAGUGCAUCAGUUUUCAGUCUUUGUUAUAUUUUUAUACGACGUUUUGAGUUACCAAGGUAACAUUAGUGAUUUACUAAUGGACAUUUGAGUGAAUGUAAAUUGCUUUGAAAUGGACCAUGUCACCUCCAUUGCUGUCUAAACAUUGGAGAGGGAAUUCCACUGUUUCUUUGUUUUUUUUUAAUCGAAAAGUGUCCUCUGUCUUGUGUGUAAAAGCUCACAACAUUGUCUGUGGAUGGUGUGUAAAUGUGUAGGUGGUGUAAGUGGCAUAGGCAGGUGGACUUGAUAGAGAUAUCACCAUACGCCUUUUCUGUAUUCGUCUACUGUGAGUUCCAUUUUGUUUUUUACAUGCUGUUUAAUCUGAGGCCAUAAUCGCUCCACUGCCAUGAAGGAUUGACAGUUAAAUCUGGACAUGAUAUCUUUUUAGUUUUUAUUUUUGCCUUUUUUAAUUUCGAUAUUUUCAGUACGCUUUGGCACUUAGUUGGGAAGGGUCCCUUCUCGCCCUGUAAAUGUUAAUUUGUUCGGCAGGUACCUGCUUUAUUUAUUUUUUUAGCUUUUAUUUUAUUUCUUGUUUCCAUCAGUCUAAAUGCUCACAGUGAGGUUUGAGGGAUGUUCAGGUCAGGCAGAAAAAGAAAAAAAAUGCUCUCAUGUUCUUGCCUUUACAUCUGAGCUGGGGUAUUUGUACAGUGCGAUUCCUAUUGUACAAAUAAAUCACUAAAAUUGCAA